CACAUGGUCUUUGGUUCGAUCCCACGCCGUGAAGAACUGUUGUACUCACAGGAAUGUGCGUAUUGCAAGGGCGUCGGUAGGCCUUUUGUUGGCCACACUAAGACAGCAUGCCCUGUGCUUUUUGCGUUGAGACCCUGCUCACUGUGUGGUAUUUCUCCAUCUCACUUUAGAAUUUGUAGGGGUUUUGUAUUUAUAUGGGACUCAUACACGUUCAAGCAUAGUUUGGCCAUUCAACUUCUACCGGAGAUAUUUCAUCCGUAA